UUGGAAGUAGGGUUUAAGUGUUUAACCGACUCCUGCUUUGAACACAAAACAUAUAAAAACCAAUUUUUAAAUCUUUCUAAUUUCUCAAAUUUGAAACUGUAACUUCUAAUUGAUAAAGAGGAAGAAGAAAAAAUCAGUGAAAAGAGAUGGAUGAUUCAAAAAAGAGAUCAGUUGAAGAACAUAGUGUUGAUUUCAAUGAUUAUGACAUUAUUAAAGAAGGAGAAGCUGAGAUUCUUAUGCAAUCUAAGAAUAAAGUCUUUUUCAAUAAAACCCAGGUUAACAAUAGGGAUCUUUCAAUCGCUGUUUUAAGAACAUUUAUAAACAAACGUAAAGAAGAGCAUGAAGCAUUUUUGUCUAGGAAAGCCAAGGGCGGACUUGGAACAUUUGAGGGAAAAUCUGAUGCUUUUGUUUCUAAAGAGAAUGGCUCAGCAGAGGUUGAUCGAGAAACAAGUAAUAGCGUUCAUGAUGGUGAUGCACCGGAAGCCGCCAAGCUUAUUGAUGUUUCCUUAGGAAAUGUAGGUGAACCAAGCAAUGGCGUAGGAGUGAAAGCUCAACGGGAACUAAAGCCACCUAGAGUUCUCGAGGCUUUGUCCGCGUCUGGUUUAAGAGCUCUAAGAUAUGCCCGCGAAGUAGAAGGGAUUGGUCAAGUUGUUGCCUUGGACAAUGAUAAAGCUUCUGUUGAAGCAUGCCGGAGAAACAUAAAAUUUAAUGGUUCACUAGCAUGUUCGAAGGUGGAAUCUCACCUAGCUGAUGCUCGGGUUUAUAUGCUUACUCAUCCAAAAGAAUUCGAUAUGGUUGAUCUUGAUCCAUAUGGUUCACCGUCUGUGUUUUUGGACUCGGCUGUUCAAUCUAUUGUUGAUGGCGGUAUGCUUAUGUGUACAGCCACAGAUAUGGCAGUAUUGUGUGGGAAUAAUGCAGAAGCUUGUUAUUCUAAGUAUGGAUCGAUUCCGUUGAGAGCUAAGUAUUGUCAUGAAAUGGCUUUGAGGAUUUUGCUUGCUAGCAUUGAGAGCCAUGCAAAUCGUUAUAAACGCUACAUUGUUCCCGUGCUCUCUGUCCAGAUGGAUUUUUACAUUCGAGUUUUUGUUCGCAUAUACAGUUCGGCUAACCUUAUGAAGGAGACUCCUCUUAAGCUAUCAUACGUUUACCAAUGUGUUGGAUGCGAUUCUUUCCAUCUACAGCCUCUCGGGAGAACUGUAUCCAAGAACAACAGUGUGAAAUACUAUCCCGGCUAUGGUCCUAUCGUCCCACAAGAAUGCACUGAUUGUGGUAAGCGAUUUAACAUGGGCGGCCCUAUUUGGUCAGCUCCGUUACACGAUCAAGAGUGGGUGACUACAUUACUAUCGGACGUCAAACCUAUGAAGGAGCGAUAUCCUGCUUAUAAUCGCAUUAUUGCAUUGCUGACGACUAUCUCAGAGGAGCUGCCUGACGUUCCAUUGUUUUUAAGUUUGCAUAACCUCGGUGGAACACUGAAAUGCACCUCUCCGUCAGCUGUUAUAUUCAAAUCAGCAGUAUUGAAUGCUGGGUAUCGCAUAUCCGGAACACACACAAGCCCGUUGGGUUUGAAAACCGAUGCACCCAUGAGUGUCAUUUGGGACAUUAUGCGUUGUUGGGUGAAAAACCAUCCGAUUAAACCUCAGCCUUCAGAUCAAUCUGGAACUGUGAUACUCUCCAAGGAACCUGAACUUCAGGCUAACUUUACCAGAGCAGUCGCCUCUCUCAGCCAGGCACAGACAAAGAAAGUUGCUCGUUUUCUUCCAAAUCCAGAAAGACAUUGGGGACCUAAGGUUCGGGCAGGCCGCCAGAUUACCAGCAAACAUGUAUCACUUUUGGGUCCUGAGGCCAUUAACGGUUCAGCCAACCAUGAAGAAGAUGAAGAGCCUGAUGCUAAGCGUCCCAAAACCGACACUAAUAAUGCUUCUAAUUCUUAAUUAUGCUAGAGAUUUGAGCUAAUUGUUGUAACGUUUUAAUAUGUUGAAACGAUCCAUGGUUCAUUAACGAAAUUUUGACUCAAAUUAUAAUUAGUAUUGAAAGUUAAAGUUCA